AGCACGUGUUUGACGGAGGGAAACAAACGGCACGGUUGCAGUGCCUGGCAACUCAAGUUGUUUUCAGGUGUGCAGAGAUGGAAUGACCCGUCGUCACAUCGGUCGCCUCCUCAGUCAUUGGAGCAAAAGCAGAGAUGGAUCCAGUGAUUGAGGAGUUACCCACCGAUCACGAAAUCAGCGUUACGUCGUGUGUUGAUGCCGUGACAACCGAAAAGACGCACCUCGAAGUUGGCGAGUCGUCCAACGGUCGCGAACAUUCGUUGAGCGGCUUUGAGUCGCAGGCUGGAGACGCUCGGGCAAUGCAGAACGGAAGCAACGGCCACUUGGACAUCGUUCCGCUGGUGACGGCAUCGUCUGUAUGCGAUGGCAUUCCUGUGGACAUUACAAUGCAAGCUGAUGGCGAGAAGCCAUCGGCUGACGGAAUUGGUUCUAACAACAACAUAGACUCGGAGGGAUUUUCGCAACAGGUAAUUUGGUUGCAUGUUGACAGUGCCGGGGGUAAAUCUUUGAAUAACAGCGACAGCAUAGAACCAGACAUCGUAGACAUGGUACGUGAUAUCGUGAGCCGUAUCUCCAACUGCAUCGAAGACGUUGAAACCGUGUCGUGUUCAUCUAUGGACACCGAUGCGCUAAAGCAGCCCGUCGAUGUGGUGGAUAGCAGCGCAGACUCGCCCAGGAAAGUGCAAGUUCUCUCCAAAGCGCCCCGGGUACCGUACCGAGACAACGAGUACACGUCAAGUGACAGCUCGUCGUCCUCUUCAUCCUCCGAAAGUGACACCGAAGUCGUAACGCCUAUGCGGCGCGGCGCUCAAGAAGGAAACGACUCCGACUGCUGCUCUGACGGCGGCGAAGUUGGCAGCCAGCGGACGACGACCAAACCACAGAGUCAGGGCCGCGGUAGGACUCGAAACCGUGGCAUCAAGACCCCAGGCGAGCUCGACAUCGAUGACCUGCCUCCCAUCGAGGACUUGCACAUCACGUUGCCUCGCACCGAGCUCCGGCAGGCGGGCCGCGUCAAGCACGCCGUUGACCAGCUGCUCGUGGUGGAGAGCGAACGGGGUCAGCCCGUGCUCGACCUGGACUCGGUGUUGUUCCGGGCCGACGGCACGGCGCUGGGGCGUGUCUUCGACGUGCUGGGUCCUGUGGUGGCGCCCUACUACACGGUGCGCUUCAACACUGCCCAGGAGCUGACCGAGCGUGCCCUGGAGCCGGGCGAGCCGGUGCUGUACGCCCCGUUGCACGCGGAGGUGACGCAGUACGUGCUCGAGUCAGAGGUCCGCAAGCAGCGCGGCUCGGACGCCUCGUGGGAGAACAACAAUGAGCCGCCGCCCGAGCACCUAGAUUUCUCGGACGACGAGCAGGAACGCGAGAUUCGCAAGCAGCUGCGCGCUGCCCGAACCGCGUCGUUCAACGCCAAAGGCACGGGCGACCCUGCUGGCAGCGACCAAAGACCUCGUGGGGGUUCGAGGGGCCGGGGAAAAGGCAGAGGUGUGCCCAGGGGCGUCCACAACCGAGGGCAGCAGCCGGAGUCGACCAACGGGGCUGCGCAUAUGCGCAGCGAGACACCUGCGAGGUCUGAUCAGUUUUACGAUAACCGCAGUAGGCCUCAGUGGCCACCUUCGUGGAGCCCGCAGCAGCACUGGCACAGUCGUGAGGCGCCGACAAUGUUUCAGCCUAACCCACCACCUCCUCCAUCAUGGCCUGUGAACCCGCAGGGUAACGACCGGGUCCCGAACAUGUGGAACAGCCCGCCCCCUUCUUUGCCCAGGCUUCCACCACUUCCCUGGCAGCACGGUGGGCCAUGGCCGAACAGGCCUCCUAUGUUUCCAGACUUGAGAACCCCACCUCCCAACUUUGGUCGUGCAGUGCCACCACCUUCUCAUUCUCAAGCACCUUUCCCAAGCCCCCACGGACCUCAUGCCAACACGCCUGUGGGUAACUCAAGCUACCAGCCAGCUGGCACAGCAAGCCCACACACUCCAAGUUCUCUACUGUCACCUGUUUACAAUAGCACGGGGCAAAGGGUCCCCUUGUAUGAUCCUGUGCCAGACCUUCAGCGCAUUCUUGCCACACCACCACCUCCACAACCCCCACCGAGAUGCUAAGGAACAGUUUUAUAACAUGCUGUUGUUAUCAAUGUGGUGCAUGUGUUCCAUUGAAGAUACUUGCUCUCUUUUCAUAUUAGUGAAGUAACCAUGCCUAACUGUUUGAUUUGGUGUUUUCAAGACCUUUAUGGCACAAACACUACCUACUGAACUUAAGACCUGCAAUGAUGUGCCACUCUAAUAUGGAUGUUUUAGUUUGUCCUUUUUUGGCUCUAGGGACGAAACGUACAAGAGAAACAUGGGGCUAGUCAUCACUUGCACAGUGUCAUUUGCUUCAGCUAGUUUCUAUGUUUGCAGCAAUGUUUUAACAUGUGCAAAGGGCAUUAGGGGUCAUGUUUACCAAACAAGAAAAGAGGGUGCAUUUCAGUCAGGAUAAGGUAGAAGGAAUGUUGCACGUCAGCAAGACGUGUACAUUCAGCUGGUGGUAAUGUCCUUGGGUCCACAAAAGAGAGAGAGAGAAAUAUAAAAAUAGACUCUUAGGAUGGAAUGGAAUAAGUAGAAUGGAAUAAUGUUGAAAUAUAACGAAUUACUAGAUAUACUCGGUCUAGAUGAGAAAGAACACUGCAAACAUGCAUUUGAUGAUGAUGUUGAUGAUGAAAACUUUAUUUUGGUCUAGAAAAGACGCCGGGGAGACCCCAUCCCACCCGGCUAAUCCUACGUAGCCAAGCCGUCAAGCUGUGCUUGAUGGCCUGUUAACGGGCACUCUGGACGGCCAGGGUUUGAUCGUUAAGUUCGGAGCUACGUUAGAGCGCUACCCAGUUGUCCUCGCUGAAGGCGGAGCCAAUGGCUUCACAUUUCCACAACACACGGUUAAAUGUUGCUUAUAGUUCACAGGCAGGGCAGUCCGCACUGGUAUACCGUUCAGGGUAGAUGGCAUGAAGAAUCGCAGGGUUAGGAUGCACACUGUCUUGCAGUAUUCUAAGGGUAACUGCGUGUGCCCUGCACAAGGCAGGGUGUGGGAGGGGAAAUACCCGUCUUGACAGAUAGAAGUGUUUAGUUAUUUCCUCGAACGUUAGUAAGGGUUCCCUGCGAGGCAAAGGGACUGUAGAGGCGUCGGGUCAGUCAGCCCUUGCACUGCCUUGUGUGUGCUCUCAUUAGGGUUAGAGGUAGACCCCUCAAUCGACCCCAGGUGAGCGGGAAGCCAAGUGAGAAAAGGGGGUGGGAUACUCAUGACGCUUCGGAGAAUGCAGUUGGCCUGAAAGGUUACCAUCCUGGUUUCGUAGGCCUUGAUAGCCUUGGAGUUGCUGUAUAUGGACUCUCUGCUACUAUCUAGCAUAGCCUGUGUGAUUGCAACCUGUUCGGCUAUCACGGGUUUCGAUGUGCCUACUGUGGCAGAGCAUGUGAGCUUGGAAUUUUAAGUCGACAACGGACACAGCGAAUGCCUCUUGUAGGACAUAUGGUGCAGCAUCCAUGAAGCUUGCAUCAUUUGGCUUACUACGGACGUGCCCGAGCGGAGCUCUACCCCUGGCCCAACGUUGAAUGAUCUGCGCAGGGCGCAUAUUGUGGGUAAUGGGUGCGAUGUGCAGUUGAGACCUGAUGUCUCUGGGAAUCCGCGUGGAAUCAAGGCACUGGUCAAGGCAUUGAGGCCCAAAUCGUCAAGUAUCUUGUGGCCCUAUUUGGUUCCGGAAAGCCUGAGCAGCUGUGAGCGCUCUAGUGCCUUGAUUAUCUCUUUAAGUGUAUUGUGAAUACCAAACUUGAACAGGUUUUCAGUGCGAGUGCUUACAGCCAAGCGGAGCUGUAAUAUGCAGACAGCUGCCAACAUCAAUCGGCUCUAUGCAGCAUUCUUUUAUUGAUUGUGGAUUGGACAUAGUCGGAAAUCCUAUUAUGCCAUUCUCCUCUGCACUGCUCCAAAGAUAUCGUAACAUUAAAAAGGAGGUCUAUAACAUGUUCUAACAGUUGUUCUUCGGUCUGAUAGAGACAAAGGAAACUAUUUGCAUGCAACUUUCUUUUGUAGCUUUGUGCUGCAGUCGGGUGCAUUCCUUUUAUGAUGCCACGUGGCAUGCCUGUGCAGUACCAUCUUGUGAUUCGAGAUUAUGCGUACUGCAAGGUUUUCUGCAUACAAAAGCAGUAGUGCUGGUUUGAUUUUAAGUAGGGUCCUUCACUUUUUAGUUUUAUGUUUUAAUAUUAGAGCAGUAAUAUGGAGCAUUAGGUUCAAGAAACUAAAGUGCAGCGCAUGUUUUUGCUCUCUGGUACCCUUAAGUUUUGAAAUGUUUCUCAUUAUUCUACAUGAUCUUUAAUAUGAUAUGUCUUGAUCGCUUUUCUAUGCUUCAAGAGAGGCAGCCUUCAUCAAUAUCGUAGUGCCCAUGUUAAUUAUCCUUUACAUAAGAGCGAAUCCUGGGGCACCACUGUUGGGCUUGACAUCACCUUGUUUAAACUUAUUCAGCAUGUAAAACAGGGUAUCACCCUGGUUUACCUGAAAACGAAAGGCCCUCUACUUUUGCCUGUAUUGAUGCGGUAGACAUGCAUGUAAUUAAGUUCUUAUUCAUAAGGAUGGUAUGGUGGGCUGGUUGGUGAUGCAUCAUGAAAGGCUACAGUGCCCUUGUAAGUGGAGACGAAGGAAGGACACAGAUCUUAGCGCUUUGUCUUGUGUGUGUGUUCUUUGCCCCCAUCUACAUGUACGCUGUAGCUUUUCAUAAGUUCCGAUUAAUGUGUCCUGCUUUUGGAAUCGUUCCUUGCAGGCUAAAAAAAUGUUUGUCUUACUAUUACUCCUCAUUGAGUGUCUUGUAACAUAUUCAUGGAUCAGAAAAAAAAAAUGGUCAACUUAGUUUUUUUUUUUGUGGUUUCACAUACAAUUCGAGGCUUGUUUCCAUGUUUUUCUUAUUUCAUGGCUCAAGAUUGCUUAGCUACACAACAAAUAUGCUUACACAUAAUUUUUUAAACGUGACAAACGUGUUGUUUUGCAACAUAGACUGAUGAGAUUGUCUUGCUGGAUUUUGUUACAAGUGUCAUUCACGUUUUUUUGAUGACGCACCAUUGCUGUCUCUUGGAGACUGACCUGCAAAAGUGAAGAGUUGCAAAAUAGGUGUACAAUGAAAUAUUGGAGUCAAAUGAAUUAGUCACUGUGAUGGUAAAAUGUGGGCCCAGGAUCCGAAAUAAUUCAAA